UCUACAAUUGAUCAUGGGGAUGAGGCAAGACUGGGCAGCAGUUUGUGCAGGGGGUCACCAUGAGUCGUGGUGACUCAACGGCAGCUAAUAACAGUUACAGAGAAAGGGCCUGAGAGUUCAAGAGGUCUGGAAAUGAGUUUGUUAGUGAGGUAGUUGUUACAUUUUGCUAUAACUUGUUCUGCAUUUUGGUUUUAAGAGUAAGUUAUACUUUGAAAAGCAGAGUAUUGCUUUAGCAGUUAGCUACUAGCCAUAUAGCUCACUAGCUACUCUUUAUUAAAAUUAGGUUCCCCGUUUAUUCUCAGGCUCCAGAGUAAUAUCACUUAUGGGAAAAACUUGAGCACUCAUAAUUUGCUUGAGAUUUUACUUAUGAGAUCUCUUUUUAAGUUUUGCAUGUUAAAACAUUUCUAUUCGAUUGUCUAAGAUUAAUCAUAGACUGGUAUUUCGGCCACUUCACUUGCUUUGCCUACAAUGUGAAAAAUCAGCAUCUGUAGGCAGUGUCUGUGGACUAUUAACCAGUCUUGGAAUUUUAAAAUGACUUGGUUGGUUUCAACUGGAUUUAAGAUUCUUUGUCGUAGAGGAAGUCUUUGCUGCUAAACACUAAAGACUCUUUGAGCACCAUUAUAAUGUGUUUUGUUUUAACAUUAAUAUUGUGGGCCUUAGAAUUGCUUGGCUCUUUGUUAACAAAAUACUUUGUUAAGUGGCAAGAUCUAGGGAGUUAGCCCUUUAAAGAUGGCUCAACUGGUUCCAUUGUGUUUAUAGUUCAGGUAGGCUGAAAUAGUUACUCUUCUGUAUUUUUGUAGUUCUCCAUUUUAAUGUAAAUUAACUUAGGACCUUUGAGAGUGAAGCUUGGUUUCUUCGUCUGUCCCAGGAAUCAUGCCCUUUCUGGCCCUUGGGCUUAGGAGACAGCAGUGCUCUGUGAAAAGGUCAUGGGGCUCUACUGCAUAGUUGAUGUAGGACUGUGGGCAUUCUUUCUUUCUCCUCAACUUUUCUGAGAAUUAAAUAGAGGUAAUAAAUGUAAAGGGCAUGGCUCAUUAGUAGCCCUUUAAUAAUGGUAGUUAUAAUUACUGUAGGGGCAUUUUGGCAAUAGUGUGGCAAUUGAGGAAGUAGCAAAUUAAUGUGCAAGUAAGUUCACAGUCUUUUGAUUUUUAAGUUUUUAAUCUGUGUCAUCCUGUUGAAUGCCUUUUUUCACCUGCCCUUACGGUUUGCUUAGAAUUUGCAGUUUCAUGAUAAAAUUGGUAUGGUAGAGAAAGAACAUUGAUAUUAAUAUGGACUGGGCUUAUGUAUUUAAAGGUGUCACCUAGUAAAUUGUUUAUUAGUAUUUGUUGUCUUGCCUAGUUGGGAAAUGACUGGCCGUAGUGGGGAAUUGACCUUUAUUGGAUCAUAAGUUUGCUCUUAAAUGAUGUCAUGUGUUUAAAAAUGUUAUUUCAGCUCAGGGUAGAGGAUAUGGGCAAUGUAUAUUUGAUGUCUUAUGUAGCAAAUCAAAAGAUUUCUUAGGUGCUUCAAUAAAUGGCUUUAUUGGAAGAUAUUUUAGUCUUCCCGUAUCAUUAAUUUUGGCUGAGAAACUUUUUGUAAUGAUGGAGCUGUCUUAGAAAGUGAGUAAGGAAGUUCGUUGUAGCUGAAUGGUCUGGGAUGAUUUAUGUGGAUGGUAGGGUAAGUUUUUAGCUACCGUCAGGCUAUUCAUCAUCAGUAAAUAUUAGUAUUAGGGAUGUUUCCUUCUUUGCACUGUAGCUUUUCUUAUCCUUUUCUCAGCACACGGGUGAGGAAUGUUCAUGCAGACCUUUUAUGCCAAAUAGCUGACUUGGGUUGUAACUUUUCUGUGCCUCAGAUCCACCACUCCAUUGACCCUUCCUUUUCUUGGUGGCUGUCCUUUGCCACUGGUGCCAUGGUGGGUGUAUGGAUUGCUUUCUGUCUUUUAACAGUUACCGAAGUGCAUGUUUGGGAUUUUAUUGAAGAAAGCUGGAUACAGUAAACGGAAAGAAUCUUGGAAGAUGCUUGACUGCUGUCUUUUCUCAGACUAGUCUGAAAGGGAAUACUCCCAUUCAUUCUGGAUUGGUGGAUCUGAAGUACAAAAUAUUUUCCAGAAGCAAGAGUCAGAGGGGCCUGAAUAAUCAAGCAAAUGACUGGAACAUUCUCUUCAUGUAGAACACUUCAGUUAUGGAGGAUCAAAAUGAAGAUGAGUCCCCAAAGAAAAAUACUCUUUGGCAGAUAAGUAAUGGAACAUCAUCUGUGAUCGUCUCCAGAAAGAGGCCAUCAGAAGGAAACUAUCAAAAAGAAAAAGACUUGUGUAUUAAGUAUUUUGACCAGUGGUCUGAAUCAGAUCAAGUGGAAUUUGUGGAACAUCUUAUUUCACGAAUGUGUCAUUAUCAGCAUGGACAUAUUAACUCUUACCUGAAGCCCAUGUUGCAGCGGGACUUUAUUACUGCUUUACCAGAGCAAGGCUUAGAUCACAUAGCGGAAAACAUUCUUUCCUACCUGGAUGCCAGGUCUCUGUGUGCAGCAGAGCUGGUAUGUAAAGAAUGGCAGCGAGUGAUCUCAGAAGGAAUGCUUUGGAAGAAGCUAAUUGAACGAAUGGUACGCACUGAUCCUCUAUGGAAGGGACUUUCAGAAAGAAGAGGGUGGGAUCAGUACCUGUUUAAAAACAGACCCACAGAUGGCCCUCCCAAUUCAUUUUACAGGUCAUUAUACCCAAAGAUUAUCCAGGAUAUAGAGACCAUAGAAUCUAACUGGCGGUGUGGACGACACAACUUGCAGAGGAUUCAGUGCCGCUCUGAAAAUAGUAAAGGUGUCUACUGUUUACAGUAUGAUGAUGAAAAAAUUAUCAGUGGCCUACGAGAUAAUUCUAUUAAGAUUUGGGAUAAAACCAGCCUGGAAUGUUUGAAAGUGUUAACGGGUCACACAGGCUCUGUCCUUUGUCUCCAGUAUGAUGAACGUGUCAUUGUAACUGGCUCUUCAGAUUCUACAGUGAGAGUCUGGGAUGUGAACACGGGUGAAGUUCUGAACACGCUGAUCCACCACAAUGAGGCUGUACUGCACUUACGCUUCAGCAAUGGACUGAUGGUGACCUGUUCGAAGGACCGCUCCAUCGCUGUAUGGGACAUGGCGUCUGCCACCGAUAUCACUUUACGUCGUGUCCUAGUUGGCCACCGCGCUGCUGUGAAUGUAGUAGACUUUGAUGAUAAAUACAUUGUGUCUGCCUCUGGCGAUAGGACCAUCAAAGUCUGGAGCACGAGUACCUGUGAAUUUGUCCGUACUUUGAAUGGGCACAAGCGAGGCAUUGCCUGUCUCCAGUACAGGGAUCGACUGGUUGUUAGUGGAUCAUCAGAUAAUACCAUUAGGCUAUGGGAUAUUGAAUGUGGCGCCUGUUUAAGAGUCCUAGAGGGACAUGAAGAAUUGGUCCGCUGCAUCCGGUUUGAUAACAAGAGGAUUGUCAGUGGGGCCUAUGAUGGGAAAAUUAAAGUUUGGGACUUGCAAGCUGCUCUUGACCCUCGAGCCCCGGCGAGCACAUUGUGUUUGCGCACCUUAGUGGAACAUUCUGGACGUGUGUUUCGGCUACAGUUUGAUGAGUUUCAAAUCAUCAGCAGCUCCCAUGAUGACACUAUUUUGAUUUGGGAUUUCUUAAAUGUGCCUCCCAGUGCCCAGAAUGAGACCCGUUCCCCCUCCAGAACAUACACUUACAUCUCCAGAUAACAGUCUGCACUUUUACCCAUUUCAGGGUUUCCUAGUCUUGAACUACUGGCUACAUGGCUACCAGAUGCCUAUGAGAGUUCAUUCACAGCUGAACUAUGAAGCUGGAAUUGGUUCUAGAUGCUGGGUAGAUGCAAAGCAGCCUAACUCUUCAAGUACUGACAUUUCUCACCUCCGAUUCCUGGCCUCUAUUUUGAGAAGGAUACCUUAGCUUCACCAACUUCAAGUAGGACAGAAAGAAGCCCGUUUUCCUUCCCCCAUCAAUGAAAAAAAUCUAAUGCUUCAAACGUAAAUUGUUCAUAUAAAAGGAACGUACAGUCUGUUUUACAUAAGUAAAUCGACCAUCAAGAGAAGACUUGACCUCUAAUUUAUAUUGCUUUGCACCUUGGUCUCAUAUUAAGGAACAGCAUUCUUCUUUGGUGAAAUUUUGGGUGCCAGACACCUACCCAGAAUGUCCAGGGCUUUCCUUUUCAGAAGUCAGCAUUCUCCUUCUGACCGUCCUGACUUAUUGUAUUAGGAGCAUGUUGGACGACGGAAAAAUCUCUCUGGAUUGUUUUAGUAAUAUUUUUUGGAUUACACUUACUUUCUGUACCAAUUUCUUUUUAAUUUAAAGAACUGUAAGCCAGGUUAUAUUAUCUCCCAGUAGGUAAUAUAGCUCUUUUCUUUUAACUGUUCUCUGUACCAUCUCCUGAUAUUUGGUAGAGUAACAGCUUUACAUGUGUGCUUGCCUCCUAAUUUAAAAUGCCGUAUCUGCAUGUAGAUAUAAUGUACAUAACAGUUUAACCUCAAGGUUGCUGGAGUCAGGGCCCCCUGUGCCUGAGACACUAAUACGGAAUGUGUUUUUGCACUUAGCCAUGGGCUGGGCUCGAUAACCUGUUACUGGGGUUUGUGUGGAUUACCUUAAACCCUUCCUGCAGUAUUCAUAUGGCGUUUUUAUUUUGUUGUCGUCAUUGUGUUUAUGUGUGUUUUUUAAUGAGAAUCUUGUUUUAAAAUGUAAUUUCUAAAGUUUAACACAAAAUUAAAAUGUUUUAUUUGUUGUGCAGUAUAUACAAUAGAGAGGUACCUUAAAAAAUUUUUUUUUUGGGGUGGGUGUUCUUUUCCUCAUAAGUACUCUUGAGUACUAGUGGUCACUUCCCAUAGUAUUCAUUUGGCUUCACUGUCAGCAGUCAUUAUUCUGUGUGUUAGUAACCUGGGAGGGACAAAAGAAGAAGGCCACGAUGAGUAGAUAUUCUAGGUCUAGAAUCAGUGUAUUCUGGCUGACCUGCAGGAACCACAGGCUAAAUCUGGUCAGGGGUCAGCAGGGCCUACGUGCAUGUUUGAGCCUGUUUGCUAGGUCAGCCUUGGACCAUCUUGGGGUGAAGCGUACUCCUAAGUGGUGACAAAGCCUCAAGCUCAUGAAUCCCAUCCCAGUCAUCUCUGGUGUCACCUGGCUGUGGCCCCUGCAGGUUCUCUGAGCCCUGGACUGCUCUGCACCUCAGAUGUCUGAGUGACACUGACCAUGUGUGGAGAGGACCCUGGCUUCCAGUCAGCUCUCCUCUUGCCUCAUUCAGUACUAGAUUUUGAUUUGCCCCUUGCAUUGUUUCCAAAGGUCAAGGAAUGUCAGUAACAUUUUAAAGGACCAAUAAGCCACCUCCUGUUAAUUAAGCCUCUUCCCGUGGAAGCACACUUGUAUUACUAAAGGGAAGGUUACUGGUCUCUGUUUUGUCCUUUGCAUUGAGAAUGGUGUGGGGAUCAAUGUGUGCGGAUGUGAUUUGUUUAUUGGGUUAGCACUGCCUUUUAGUUCCCCCCUCCCUUUUGUUUUUUUAACACAUCCUUCCCUCCCAUAUGUUAAUAAAUUAAUUUCUGUUUUUGAGAGUUUGCGUCUCAAAGUGUAAAAAAUAAACCUCCGUUCAUAAGGUGGAUGUUGUAAGCUUGACAGUGGCUGUGAAAGUGAUUGAACUUUUCCCACUCUUCAUCUUACAGCUCUCGUAUCAAACUGGUUAGGAAAGCCCAGGGAAGGGAGGGAGGGAGAGGCAGUUCUUCUGAAAGAAUAGAUUUUCUGAUGUUUUUGCAUGUUUAAUAUAGAAGUUCCUCUUGUUCCUUGGGAGAUCAUGGCCUUGGAAUAUGCACACAGCCUUUGAAUUGUGCCUACUAAAUUAGAACAGGGGACUUUGACACCAAGGAAUUCUGACAUUCUGGGAUUAUAAUAGUAAUUCCCAGCCGUACUCUGGACUUUAUUUUGCUAACCAUAAUUGAGCAACUGUAAAUUACUGCUAUAUUAAUGUUUUAAAGCACUGGGAUAGUCUAAUUCUAACUUGUAAUUAAUUAUGUUUGCCAAUUAUCUGUUUGAAAUAAAUUUGUGUCUGAACAGCUAUUGAAACUGUUACAUUGUACAGAUAUUAUUCAUGACAGCUUUGUACUGUGGAAUGUGCUGAAUAAAAAAAAGAAAGUUUGACCUUUGUCCAAUAAAUUGCUAAGUAAUGUCAAUAAAUCAAGUAUGAAUAUUAUGCAGUACACCUAAUCUGGCUUCAUGCAAUUGUUACUUCAGCUACUAAUUCAAAGCCAAUUCUCUUAAUAAAGUGUUGCAAUACUCCAAUGUUCUGUUAAGGAAUUUUUCAGAAAACUGUUUGUUAUGUGCUAUCAGUAAUUCAGUGACAUACAAUUAAAGUUUACAGUUUUUUUUUUUGUUUAAUAAAAACAACUGCUCUGUAAAAGGAGGUCAAAGGCAAACUGCUUUUGGCCUAUGAGAGCUUUGCAUAUCUUUCAAUAGAUAACACUCUGUAUGGAGGGAUGUAUGUGUACAUAUAUUGCCCCUUUUAACAUGAGUGGUAGUGUACUAUACAUGCUGUACCACUCCUUGUCUUUUCAUCUGAUACCCUUUGGGAGAUCGUAUCAGUGCAGGUGAUUCUAUUUCAUUCGUUGGCUGUGUAGUAUUUGGGUGUAAGGGAGGGUGUACUGUAGUCUGUUUGACAGUGCAGUUUUAGGUUGUUCCUUAUCUUUUCCUUAUAGUGCCUAUCUUCUACAUAGUUCUUUCUGUCCCUGCUUGUGCUAAACAAAAUGAACUAUUGGUUAGCUAAUCAGGAACAGCAGCUUUGAACCUGAGCAUCACUGCAAGAGUGGGAAAAACAGGAGCACAGGUAUGUCGAGCUGGAUCUUAACCUCUCCAGUCCUGUGUCCUCCCCUAUGAUAGGUGGUUCUCAGUAAAUGCUAGUUUCUCUCUCCCUGCAUAGGAACAGCUAUGAAUGUGUCCCACCUUCAUGAUGGAGAUUCUAAGAUAGGUUUUGUAUAACUAGGAUAUAUAAUCAGGCUAGAGUGGUGCCGGGUCAUUCCAGCGUAUUUGUUUCCCAGGUAAUGAGAAGAAAGGAAGUUGGACUGUCUGGGUAAUAAUCCUGUUACUAGUUAGCCAUGUGGCAGUACUCCCUCUUGAACCUUAGCUUCCCCAUGUAUAAGAGAAGAGGGUUUCACUAGCUGAAGUCCUGGAGUACACUUGCCCCAUCUCAGCAGCUCUGGACAAUCUCUUGCCUUUGGCCCAGUGAUGUUAGAUCUUAGUUUCCAAGAAAGCUGGAAAUCCAGACUAUGUAGAGACCCAACUUCUAAAAGUUGGAAACUUUUUUUUUAAUACAUCACCCUGUCACCCAUUUGCCAUCUCUGAGCGAGCAUGAUUUUAAGCACUGGUGUUAGUGACCUGUUGAACAUUGUGUUCAAGUUUGGCACCUGCAGUCUGGAGUAACUGAAGAAGUUCCAGAGAAAAGAGAUAAAUUAAAUGUCAUUUGGCAAAGCAGCCAGCAUACAGUAAUCACGCAACACUACCGUCUUAGUUAUCUAGUGCUGCUGUAACAGAAAUACCACAAGUGGGUAUCUUUAACAAACAAAUUUAUUUUCUCAAAGUUUAGUGUAUCCAUGUCCCUGGUGAACAUCCUAGGACACGUGUCCUUAGUUUGUACCACAGAAUUUUCCAGAUCUUCUAAGUUCUGUUUUCAUUUUGCACAGUUCAGGAGGCCAGAAGUCCUAAUUUAGGGUGCCAGCAUUAGGGGAGGCGUUCCUCUUGUCUGUUGGCUCCGGGGGAAGGUUCUUGUCUCUUCUGAGUUUCUGCUCUUGGGCAAUCUCCACGUGGCUUGGCGUGUCUUCCCCCAUCUCUGCUUCUUUAACUCGUUUGUUUAAUCUCCCUUAUAUCUCAAAAGAGAUUAACUCAAGACAUACCCUACAGUAAUCCUGCCUCAUUAACAUAACAAAGACAACCCAUUCCAAAAUGGGAUUAUAACCACAGGCAUAGAGGUUAGGAUUUACAACACAUAUUUUUUGGGGUCAGUUUAAAAUGAUCAAAAAAGGGAGGUGUUUGAAAAGAGGAGGAGGAAGAUGCUAAGGGCUGACAUGGUGACCAGCUGCGUACUUUUGUGCAGAGAUGGAGUUCACAUUAAAGCAAGGCAGGAUUUAGGCCUAAGAUUAUCUUGGUCUUCUAUCUGAGGAAGCCUCUGAGAGCUGUCUCUGGAGAGGUCCAAAAAGAAGUUUGGGUACCUGACUUGUUCAUUGCACAAUGCUGAGUCUAAUACUUAGUAAAAAACAGUUGCCGUCCAAUUGACUGACUCAUGGUGGCCACGUGUAUCAGAGUAAAACUGUGCUCCAUAGGGUUGUCAAUGGUUGAUUUCCUUUCCAAAAGUAGAUUGCCAGGCCUUUCUUCCAGGGUAACUCUGGGUAGAUUCGAACCUCCAAUCUUUAGGUUAACAGUUGAGCACAUUAACCGUUUGCACCACCCAGGGACUCAAUAAACAUCUGUGGGAUGACUGAGUAUAUGGUCAUCUUCAUAU